CUCCGCAAAAGCAAUCACACAUCUGAUGAACACCGCACCCAUGGCCUCAACAUCCUGGCCAGAACUUGAAUCGACCGCCACUACCAAGGCACCGGAAUGGUCAUUGCGCUCGGAAUCAGAAUUACAUGUAGAACGACUCGAGGCAAAGCUCGACAGCAUCAAGAAGAGAAAUGACAGGCCUUCAAGGCAUCAUCAGCAUCAACAUGAGGCCCCAGGGCAACAACCCCAGGGAGCACUAGACUUGGAUGCGGACGAAAUUCAGGCAGGGCAAGAAGAGGCCGAUGAAGGGCUCUGGCUACUCUGGAACAACAAAUCAACAGCAUCCUCCUCAAAACCUGCAGUAACUUCGCAAGCACAAUCUCGAUAUCACAACGCCACAUAUGGCACCAGUUCCAUCCAUCGACCGUCGAGAUCGUCAUCAGAGAGUGAAGAAGAAGAAGGCCAGGAUGAGGACGAGGAGCAGAGAGAAGAGCGGCUGGAGGUGGCAAAAGCUCGAGCGAAACAUGUGGAGGAAUAUGUUGUGAAAGACCGUACCUGUUCACGGACAUGCUGCUGCGUCAUCUCAUAGCAUGAAUGGUCCACAUAUAUAAAAAAUACCCAUCGAGCGCGCGACAAAUAUACAGAGGAGCUGUUGAGAUGU